ACCAGGAGACAGAAGAAAAGAGGUUGUGCGCGGAAACGCGGAGCAGCAACAUUUUCAAUACUUAGAAACACACAAUCGUUUAAAAAAAAAAACAACAAACUUGCCUGUGGUUGACUGUUUAGAGUCUUUUAUCCACAUUUUCUUCAUACGCAUCAGAAUUUCUUAAUGGUUUCUUUUAUUGUCCAGCUUAUGUCGUAAGAAGUGGCUUUAAGGCCUCCACGAGGUCGAUCCCGCGCGGUUCUGAUUGUCAAGAGUUUUGGAAAUUUAGGCCCAGAAUGUCCAGCUUUAACUUCGGCACGACAACCCUCGGGUCCACCGGCACAGGCACCGGCACCGGCGGGGGUUUCUCGUUCGGAGCUGCGACCAGCACACCUGCUGCAGGUACGGCAGCUGCAUUCGGAGGGUUUGGCACACCGACAUCCACACCGGCCGCUACCAGUACCACCUCCGCACUGGGGUUUGGGUCCAGUUUAUUUGCACAGAAACCAGCAACUGGAUUCACCUUUAACACACCUGCCUCAGGAGCUGCUGCGUCCACAACUGGCCUUACUUUAGGAAGUCUUACCACCUCGACCCCUGGUACUACUGGUUUCAGCCUGGGCUUCGGAAAGCCAGCAGCCUCUGCUACUCCUUUCUCCCUGACAACCACAACCUCUGCAGCAACAGGCACAGGCCUGACUCUGGGAUCCGUCCUGACCUCCACAGCCCCUCAGACCAGCUCCACCGGCUUCUCCCUCAAUUUAGGAGCAGCUGCCACCACUUCCUCUGCUCCUGCCUCGGGUUUUUCUUUUGGUUCCAGUCUCUUUUCCAACCCCUCAUUGACAGGUUUGGGGCAGUCCAAUUUAGGUGGACCUCUGAGUCUGGGUGGUUUAGUCUCUACCUCUGUUGCAACCACCUCUGCCCCUGCGCCCAGUCUCGGUCUGGGAGGAGUAGACUUCAGUACUUCCUCUGAAAAGAGUACUGACAAGUUAUCCAGCAAUAGACCAGAGGACAGUAAAGCCCUCAAAGAUGAAAACCUUCCAGGUCCAAUUUGUCAAGAUGUGGACAACUUUCAGAAGUUUGUCAAGGAACAGAAGCAAGUCCAGGAAGAGAUCAGCAGGAUGUCUUCUAAAGCCAUUCUCAAAGUGCAAGAGGACAUUAAGACGCUCAGACAGCUCCUGUCCAUCUGUGCCAGUGGGCUGCAGAGAAAUUCACUCUCUAUAGACAAACUGAAGUUGGAAACUUCUCAGGAAUUGAAGAAUGCUGAUAUUGCACUUCGCACCCAGAAGAUCCCUCCUGGACUCCAACAUGAGAACACAGCACCUUCAGAUUAUUUCCGGGCUCUGGUGGAGCAAUUUGAGGUGCAGUUACAGCAGUACCGUCAGCAAAUUGAAGAACUGGAGAAUCAUCUGACCACCCAGAGCAGCGGCUCCCACAUCACCCCUCAAGAUUUGUCUCUGGCCAUGCAGAAACUCUACCAGACGUUUGUUGCACUUGCUGCACAGUUGCAGGGAGUUCAUGAAAAUGUUAAGACUCUCAAACAUCAGUAUCUGGGAUACAGACGAGCCUUCCUUGAUGACUCCACUGACAUAUUCGAGUCCAAACGUGUUGCUGGCAAGAAAUGGCAGAGCUCUCCGCACGUCACUACAGGCCCCGCCCCCUUCGGCAGCGUUCCCAAUGCAGCAGCUGUUGCAAUGGCUGCCACUCUCACUCAGCAGCAGCAGCCGGCUCCAGGACCACAGGCGCCCUUGGGGGCAAGUUUUGGCACUCCCUUUUCCUCGGGUAUUGGCACUAGCAUGGGCUCAUCCAGCCUCGGAGCAUUUGGUAGCGGCCCUGGGUUUGGGGGCGUGGCAACAGGAGGUUUGUCGUUCGGGUUUUCCUCUAGCAAGCCAUCUGGAGGGAGCCUGAGCGCAGGGUUUGGAACAUCUAACACCUCUGGCUUCAACUUCAGUAACCCCGGUAUCAAUGCAUCAGCUGGAUUGACCUUUGGCGUUUCCAACACACAAACUCCUGGAUUUGGGACAGGAGGGCCACUGCUGCAGCUUAAAAAGCCACCAGCGGGAAAUAAGAGGGGCAAGAGAUAAAACAGCAAGUCUAUAUAGGGGUAAAGGGAAAUGUCACGAGGUAAAGAUGAUGUGUGUCUCAGAUCUUUAUUUUUAUAUAUAUAUGUGUAUGUGUACAUAUAUAUUUUCUCUGUUGGAUGCCAUUGAAGGAUUUUUGAGAUUCUGUUCGGUUCUCCCUUUUUCCCUUGUGGCUAUGCUGUGUUUGUUGUCUGAAUUGCGUAAGAUCUAAUGGAGCAUAUUUUGUGAUGCACAGAAUACCCGUGAAGGGAUUUCAUGUAAAUGCUCUUGAUGUUGAAGAUACUCAUGAACUAAGUUUACCUGUGUCUUAGUGGCUUUAUUUUAAACCACAUGUUCUGUGAUUGUAAAUGUUUCAUCCCAACCCAUUAUGAUGACCUGUUUAUUGGUUUUCUGGUUACUUGUACCAAAUAGAUGUCAGCCUGUAUGAGAAUGUUCAAUUUGUAUACCCAUUUUGUUUCUGUCUCCUUUUGUUACCAAAUAGUGAAACAAAUUUCUAUACUUAAGCAGACUUUGUGCAGACAAGUAUUUUUUUGACUUGAAAGAAGUGUUUGUUAUUAAAAGAAGAGACAACGAUCA